AUGGAUCCUAGGGAACUCUUUGGUGAAGAGGGCGAGGUGGACGAGUCCAUGGAGGAAGGCUCGCCGGCCCCAGUUGGCUCUUCGAGCCGUCGCGACCAAGAGCGCGCUGCGCCGUCGAGGGAGGAGCCGCGGCCACCGCUGCGAACUCCGAACCGGUUCCCUGAACGCUCUUCCGGUGUCUACGAGCUGCGCGCGCUCACUGAGCCACGGUAUUCGCCACUUCGUGGUGAGGGCGUGCCCCUGGGCCCCGUCAUCUCCAACCCUUUGGACCAAGCUCAGUCCGAGCAGGUUGCGGCGCAGAUGGCUCCCACGCGCUCCCAGCGCCCCGAGCUGCGGCCUCUGCUGAACCCCAGCACUGCCGACUACGGCUUCCGGCCUCGCGACCCCGCGGAGGCUUGUCGCCAGGCGUUCGAGCAGUCUCUCGCGCUGCACACCAUUGGGCCCGCGGCCCGUACUCCGGAGGAGCUCGCACUGCGUGCGUCUCUGCGAGAGCGGCUCCUCACGCCACAGUCUACGACUGUCGCGGAGUAUCGCGAGAGGCUGCGGCUGCAAGCCCAGCAGAAGUCCGUGCCCGCCAUGCGGACGUACCCGGUGGUACUUAGCCCGGGGGAAGACUCAAUUGAGUUCGAAACUCAGUUCGAGUCUUGGGCCGAGCACAGCCGAAAGCUCAGCUCCAUGGACGCUCUCUGA